CCCCCCCCGGCCAAACCGCGCGUUGAGAUUUUUUUGAUUCUUUCGCUCCCUCGUCAAUCUACACACCCCUCCGGAAAUUCCAGAGUUGUAGGGCUUCGAUCCAGCUUAGGACUUCUUCCUAACUUCCGAUAUUCCCGCUAUUUCGAUACCCUUGUGCAGGUUAUCUGUUCAGCCUCAUCAUCUCAGAAUUUUUACUAUCUCUAUCCUUUCUGUCUUUCUGGGGUCGCUAUUCCAUGAAAGUCCUACGGAAUUCUUCAGCUCAAGUACCCUGAGAAUCGAAAAUCUCGCGCUAUAUCUACGACCCCGGUCCUAGAAACUCGAAUCCCAAUCCUUCGAGCUCCCAAUUCAUUUUCCAAAGCGACAUCCUCCUGCCGCAACGCAACAGUUUCAAACCCCUGCGACACACGCCCUUUUGGAAUAUUUCCAUCCGGACCAUCGCGACUUUUGAGCCCUUCUCUCUCUCUACUAACCUUCCGUGUGGAUUAACCUGCCCAAAAUCAGACCCAUGCGACAAAAAUCCAAUUGAGAAAAUCGACCCGAACCUACCCUUCAUCGCCGGUGACACUGACUGUCAUCCAAAAUCACCUGCGCCCUGCCCCAAUCUGUAUCAAUUGGUAGACAAGAGAAAAAAAACUUAAGCCAAUCGACUAUUGAGACCAUCAUGGCUUUUGCGAACCAUAAAGACAAGGGGACGACCACCGGUGUGUCAGACACCGGUGUCUUGGACACUCUAGGUCUGAAGACCGAGGGCCCUCAUGAUGUCCAGGAGGGUAUGAUGGCUGAUAAUGCCGACAACCUCCAGCGUCAUCUCGGGAACCGUCAGAUCCAACUGAUUGCCAUUGGUGGUUCGAUCGGAACGGCUCUAUUCGUCAGUAUUGGAACAGGUCUAUACCACGGCGGCGCUGGCAGCUUGUUCCUGGCUUACAGCAUCCAAAGUAUUUUUUUGGCCAUGAUCAAUAAUUGUCUUGCCGAGAUGAGCACCGCUUACCCCGUAAGUGGAGGGUUUAUCCGCUUGGCUGGCAAAUGGGUUGACGAUGCGCUCGGCUUCAUGGUCGGCUGGAACUUCUUCUUCUAUGAGGCGCUCUUGAUUCCUUUCGAGAUUUCUGCUUUUACACUGGUCUUAUCCUUCUGGAGUGAGAAGAUAACUGAGCCCGGCCCAGUGGCGGGCAUCUGUGCUGGUAUCAUUUUGUGCUACGCCUUUUUGAACAUCUUGGCUGUCCGGGCCUACGGUGAAGCCGAAUUUUGGCUCUCUGGUGGCAAGGUGGUCCUGAUCUUCUCCCUAUUUUUCUUCACCUUCAUCACCAUGGUAGGCGGAAAUCCGCAACAUGAUGCUUAUGGGUUUAGAAACUGGAACACACCGGGCGCCUUCAUGGAAUACCUCGAUACUGGGGCUCUUGGCCGGUUUGAAGGUUUCCUGGGAGCUCUGUGGUCCGCUUGCUUUACCGUCGUCGGCCCCGAGUAUAUCUCCAUGGUUGCUGCGGAAGCCAAACGCCCUCGUAUUUACAUCAAAAAUGCCUUUAAGACCGUAUAUCUCCGAUUCGGAAUCUUCUUCGUUGGUGGCGCUCUGGCAGUCGGCAUUAUUUGCUCUCCUAGGGAUCCGGCAUUGACCAAGGUUGUCAUGGGAGAAACCAGUGGUUCUUCUGCAGCCGCCUCGCCAUAUGUCAUUGGCAUGCAGAAUAUGGGAAUUGCGAUUUUCCCUUCCAUUGUCAACGCUCUUCUCCUAACUUCAAUCUUCUCGGCCGGUAAUACCUACACCUACUGUGCUAUUCGUACCUUAUACGGCCUUGCACUGGAAGGAAGAGCCCCGCGCAUUCUCACAUACACCACUCGCAAGGGUGUACCUAUCUACUGCUUUGCAAUUGUCAUGAUCUUCCCGAUCCUGUCCUUCUUGCAGGUUUCAAACAGCUCUUCCAUCGUCAUUACUUGGUUUGCCAAUCUUGUUACAGCUGGAGGCUUGAUCAAUUAUGUCGUGAUCUCUCUAACAUAUAUCUUCUUCCAUCGCGCAUGCAAAGCACAGGGCCUUGACCGCAGGUCUUUCUCCUACUUUGCCCGUCUUCAACCCUUUUGCGCAUAUGCCGCGUUUAUUUGGAUGAUCUUGGUCACCAUUCUCUAUGGAUAUCCCGCGUUCAAGCCAUGGAACGUCUCCACGUUCUGGUCAGACUACACCAUGCAGAUCGUGAUUCCUCCCCUUUUCCUCAUCUGGAAGCUCAUCAAGCGGACCAAAUUUGUGAAGCCCCACGAGGCUGAUUUGGUUUGGGAGCGACCCCUUAUUGAUGCAUACGAGGCCAGCUUCAUGGAUCCCCCUGUUGGCUUCUGGAGGGAAGUUGGCCAAAUGGUGGGUUUCCGCCGGGUCAAAGGUGGCAACGAUAAGCGUCGUUCUUCGAUUGUCCAACAUUCUUCCAAUGGCGUCGAGGAAGGUGUCUCAUCUUGAUGUCUCAAAAUGAGAAGACUCUGUUUCACUCAUCAUGCCACACCAGUGUGAUGGUCGGUACACCGGGCCAUGACCAGUCUUCCUACACACUAGGUUGCAACUUGGCAAUUUCAAGUUCAGCAGUUACUACUAUGGUAACUCUACGCUUUAUGACAUAUGUAGUCGCAAUGUACAGGCCGUAGGCGCGUUAUCUCCUGAGCCAGAAUUAUGUUCAAUCCAUUAUUCAAAUAGAUUCAAUUCGAUACCAAUCCAUUCCGUUACUCAUGGGUCACUGGUAUCAAUUUGAAAAAGAUGCCACUCAGAGUACAGUCCA